AUUGCAUCCGCGGAGUCGCUCUUUCUCAGGUCACCUUUCUGUUUUCAUUAUGACAUCGGUUUCGCCUACAUACACGUAGUGGUAUGUAUGUGCACAUGAUUUGAGUUUGUAUGGAUUGAAUCCGUUUGUUAAGAUGAUGAUAUCACUUGAGUGUGUCUACAUGCCUGCCGACCACCUACCGAUUCGGCGACAGAUGACUCUGACAGGCAGGGUGUUGUAGCUAACUUGCCACUGCUGAUCGGAGAUAACUCAGUUGAUAUGGCAGUGUGCUGUGAAACAUAGAUAAAAUGGACAUAACCGUCAAAACUCAACAAUACCACCGGAACCGCCUAAUUUUGAGGACACUUCAAGUUUUGUUCAAGGACAGUGUGAAUAAUGCUGCUUACCAAAGAAAAUCUUCAAGUGGACAUCAACAAAUUGCCUUUUAAAGGAACGCAUCUUUCCAUUACAUGAUCAGUUAACCUUAUUCACAUCUGCAUUAUACGUUGAUUUUUCUUUCUUUACUGGAUUGCUUGCCAGCAACAGACGAUGCGACUUUUAUUUGAUAUAUCGAGAUGCACCAGUGGGGUGCAUUUACUGAAACGCACAAUCAACCACCCCAGUGUACAUAGAUGUUUAUUGUUAGACCACAGGAAGAGUCAUGCUGCUGGACUACAUGUUUGGAGCAAUGGGACUGGAAAACCAUCACCAGAGAAUGUGACUCAUCGGGGUCACCACCGUAGCACUGUAUCAGUACUGCCAUGUAGCGCACUUGGGGUUCUCUUUCGAGAUUGCAAGCGAUCGCAACUGUUGCUUGAAAAGCCAUGGACGGCAGGGCACACAUCAGUGGUGUUCAAGAGCUCUUCGGCUGCCUCCUCAAAAGAAACCACAAUAAAAACACCAGUGGAGAGUGGCAGUGGCCAACCUCCGACAACCCUUCCCUUGGAUGACGUGAAAAGGAUUCUGAAACUCGCUUAUCCUGAGAGACUGAGAUUGUCGGCCGCACUAGGCUUCCUGACCGUAUCCAGUGCAGUGACGAUGUCCGCCCCGUUCUUCUUGGGCCGGGUCAUCGACACCAUUUACACCACUGGCUCCGACAUGGAGACCAUUGCAGUGUCCCUGACCUCGCUAUGCGCGGUGCUGACUGGAGUGUUUCUCUGCGGUGGAGCAGCCAACGCUGCCAGAGUUUACCUCAUGCAGAUCUCAGGACAACAGAUCGUCCGGAACCUCCGCGUUGCUCUGUUCUCCUCCAUCCUCAGGCAGGAAGUGGCGUUCUUUGACCGCUCCCGCACCGGCGAGCUUAUCAACCGCCUGUCGUCCGACACUACGAUGGUCGGCCGCUCCAUCACCGACAACCUAUCGGAUGGACUGAGGGCUGUUGCCCAGGCGGCGGCUGGGGUCAGCAUGAUGUUCUACGUCUCCCCCAGCCUAGCGGGCUUUGUUCUGAUGGUGGUUCCUCCCAUGGUUCUGCUGGCUGUGGUCUAUGGCCGAUACCUACGUGCCAUCUCCAAGCGCACCCAGGAUGCCCUGGCAGAGGCCACACAGUUGGCAGAGGAGCGUAUCAGCAACGUGCGCACGGUCCGGGCGUUUGGUAAAGAGCUCUCUGAAGUCAGGAGCUACACAGAGAAGACUGACUUCGUUCUCAGCCUGGCCAAGAAGGAGGCUGUACUGAAAGCUGGCUUCUUUGGAAUAACAGGUCUGAGUGGCAAUCUGAUGAUCCUCGCCGUGCUGUACAAAGGAGGCCUGCUUAUGGCCAAUCAGCACAUGACCAUGGGGGAGCUUUCCUCCUUCCUGAUGUACGCCUUCUGGGUCGGCAUCAGCAUCGCAGGUAUGAGUUCCUUCUACUCUGAGCUGAUGAAGGGCCUGGGAGCUGGCACAAGGCUCUGGGAGCUUCUGGACAGGAAGCCAGAGUUCUCAAUAGAUGAGGGCUCGGUGAUCCCAGCAGACCAGCUCAAGGGCCGGCUGGAGUUCAGUGAUGUCACCUUCUCCUACCCCACCCGCAAGGAGGCCCCUAUCUUCAGUGACCUCAGCCUGCUGGUACCGGCCGGGUCCGUCAUGGCCGUGGUGGGAUCCAGCGGCUCUGGGAAAUCCACCUUGGUGUCUCUGUUGCUCCGUCUCUACGACCCAGACGCAGGGACCAUCACGAUAGACGGGUGGGCCCUGAAGGAUCUGAAUCCUCAUUGGCUGAGGAGUCAGAUUGGAACCGUCAGUCAGGAGCCAGUGUUGUUCUCUUGCUCCAUCAGGGACAACAUAACGUACGGGGCGGUGGAGCCGGCCUCCGUGACCGCGGAGGAGGUGUACAGAGCAGCCAGGAUGGCCAACGCACACGGCUUCAUCCAGGACUUCCCCCAGGGCUUUGACACCGUGGUGGGGGAGAAGGGGGUGCUGCUGUCAGGUGGUCAGAAACAGAGGAUCGCUAUCGCCCGGGCUCUGCUCAAGAACCCAAAGAUCCUACUUUUGGAUGAGGCCACCAGUGCGUUGGAUGCAGAGAAUGAGUUCCUCGUACAGGAGGCCUUGGAGCGUCUGAUGGAAGGCCGGACGGUGGUGAUCAUCGCUCACCGUCUGUCCACCAUCCAGAACGCGGACGCGGUCGCCGUGCUGGACUCACAGCGCGUGGUAGAGUGCGGCCGACACGCAGACCUGCUCGCCGACAGACACGGACUGUUCCGGAAACUCAUGGAGAAACAGGCCUUUCUGCUCGAGGAGCAGAAGGAGGCCCUACCCUGAGACACUGAGACACAAGCGUUUUAUUACACAGAAUUAAUGGAGUAAGACCACUUCCUGCUGAUUAAGAGCUCUCUGUUUCUCGGAAGAUGAAACCAAAAUCGCAUAUUUAAAGUUGGUUAAAAUUACGUAACCAAACUGUGAAGUGGAUGGCAAAGAGUAUUCAGGUCCUCUUUCCAAUCGUGAAUAACCUAGAUCUUUACCCACUCACUACAACAUCAGCAUCACUAUCAGUUGGUGUAUCACCAUUUCGUUCUGAGCAAUGUUUUUUGUAUUGUGGCAGAAUCAGGGUUUACUGUUAGUAUCCAUUAUUCUGGAACCAGGCAGUACCACAGAACCUUUAUUUGUUUAUUUUGUGUUAUUUUUAUUUUUAUUUAAUGAAGAUUGUUAAUUCAAGCAAAGCACAGUUUUUUCUUUAUUUUAAUUCAAACAUUACAUCUAGUUAACCAUGCCUUCUCAGGGGCAAGAGGGCAACGUUAAAAAAGGAAAUAGUUUUGUUAUUUUUCUAGGAUGGAUAAAAACUUCUUCUCACUUAUUUCCCUGUUUUCUCCAAUCAAAACAAGUGUGCUAUUUGAUUAUUAGUUUGACUGAAUUUGGUAUUCCAGUGAAGUUUAUUUCAUUCAAGUAAUGUAGCGUGUAACACAAUGUUUUGCCUUAUUUUUUUACCUUUUUAAAAUUACUUUUUUAUGAAAAUCAUAAAGGAAUAAUUCUAAUAUAUAAAUGUAUACAACUAUAGAUGUGGAUAUAUUGGUCAAAUCUUCGUAGAAUAAAACCUAAAUCAUUGGUCGCAGACUAUCCCAGUGAGUGUUAUAACAUUUGACACUUUAUUUGAAAUGUUAUAAUCCACACACACUUUUGAAGACAAGGGUAUAUGAACACUAGCCUCAUAAUUCAUGAAACAUAAUGAUGGUAAUGCUUUAUAGUACCAACCACACAUUCGAGUUGCACAAUCAAAUAAUGAUGGGAGGGAGUAGCGGUGUCCUAUACAUCAGUAAAAGUAUAGUAUUAGGCUACUAUAUAAAAAUGGGUAUAAAUUAAUAGACUUCUCAUUAAAAGAAAAAACAUCUUUAUGAAUCAUAUUCAUAUGAUCUAGACAAGAUGGGAAACGGUAUCAAACUAUUUACACAUCCCUGCAAAAAAAACUUUUCCCAGUGCACCACUAUCGAUCAGACUCGUUUUAUUGCAUCGGCUAAGGAACCUUAGUCUAUGUAAUUUACCAGACAGUCAAUGGAGGGC